AUGUCGACGAAAUACGGUCAAAUCCAUCACAAAAUGAAAUAUAGAAAUGAAGAUACUCCUUACAUAUGCCAGUAUUGUAACAAGGUUUUUUCAAGGCGUGUAACAUUAAAAAAACACUUGGAAUCACAUGAAAACUCUUCCAGCAGCCUAGAAUCUGAACAAUAUGAUGAUGAAAACGCAGAACCCAAAUUAAUAUCGGAACAUCGAAAUGAAGAUAUCAACAAACCCGAGAAGCAAAAUCCAUUUGAUAACAUUUGA